AAAUGGGAGAAGCAGCUAGGGGGAACAAGACGUCCGAUAGCGACGCUUUGCAGACAAACGCCUUGUUGCCCCCGUUGGCGCCGCGCUUUACCUAUGCGGGCCGACGGGUGUCCCUAGCUGUUCGCGCUGGCCGCCCGAACAGCGUCGUGUUCUGUGGCAGUGUCCGCAGUGCCCGUCUAUCCUUAUCACGCUUUUACUGCUCAAUCACGACGUGAACGCAUGCAUGCAGACCAAUGUAAAGACAGACAUGAUGCAUCGUGGCAGUUUGCGACGAUACAAUGUAUCAAUCAACUCCGGUGAUUCCCUACGGGGAAUUAUCGGAAUGUUUUCAAACUCGCCAUUUUGUAUUAUUGCAACCGUGCGUGCGGGGCAGACGGUUCGGUGCCUCCGGGUCUCUCGUUUUCAAGUGCACCAUGGCGCAUGAAUUUUGUGUUGGUUGCGACGCCGCCGUGCUUCCUGCGACCAUCUGCACGCUUUCGACAUGGGGCUCGACGACGAGCUUCGAUAUGGGAUCUACUGUGACCGUACGGCGAACGUAUCGCGCCACCUUCUGUAGUGAAUUCGUGCAUCACCCCACGUGGAAGCGCAGACGCGGCGCAGUGUGGCCGUUCCAGUGUUGUGGCGGUGUGUCUGUCAUGGUGCAUUGUUCUGUGGUGACGUUCCCAGUGAUGACGGCUCAAGACUUUAGCUUCCUCAUCUGUGGACCGCUUUGCUCCUGCCUUCAAGCCGGCUGCUGUCACUCCGAUCCAGCGGGAUUUCUUCAGACUCCGCGACCACCCACGCAUCCUCGGCAAGCACGGCACAGCUUGGGCAAAUCGGCAUGACGUCCGGUCACUGCGUCCGUUAUGGAAUAGAGGCAACGUGGGCUUACACUUCGAGGAGCGGUGGCGGCGACCGGUGCACCGUGGUUACGCUACGAUUGCUGGCCUGUACGCAGAUGUGCUGCAGACUCCAUCGUUGCCCUGUCUCAAGUCUUCGUCGUCCCAGCCAGAUUGCGAAGUAUGGUUGGCCUUGCUCCGGCCCGACUCUGUUGCCGCAACAUCUGAGCAGCCAACUGUCACCCGACGAAAGACAUCAGUUAGCUGGAGCUGUCCACACCGCCACUACAGCGCGGCGCAUCAGGCCCCCGUGGGCUUGGAGGUUGCCAACGCCACCGCUUUGCGCCGUGGCCACGAUCCAGCCCAAAGUCACCAGUCGUGAGAGCUGCCGAUGCUUCAGCCACGAAGCCCCCGCAGGAUUGUGCCACCAUCGCCGGUUGCUCUGGUGUGUAUCCUCAGUGAGAACCCUCACCCGUCUGCGACCGGUGGUCGGCCUGCUCGGCCUCACGGUUCUGGCUGCGCUUGCCCCGCCCGCGGAGUCCUGGAGCAACCCAUACCUGCUCGUCCAACACCAAGUCUACGAGGAACACCAGGAGGUGCUCGCCAAGGACCCGUCCAAGCGGGCCGCGGGCGAGCAGCGAAACGACGAGGAUGGGUUGCUCGACUUCAUCAAGGACUACCUGUUCAAGCGGGGCGGCGCAGCAAAGCUGGACAAUCGCACUGGCAACGGCCGGGCGCAGUUCGUCGGCGUUGACACCGGCGGCGCCAGAGGCAGCGCGAACGGGUCGGCCGCUUCGGGUGGCGCGGUCGACGCCGAAGACAGCGGCCAUUCAGACCAGCGGUACACGAUGCACAUCAUCAAGUUCCGACUGGUGAAUGGCAGCCACCCUGCCAUCGCUGCGGCCGCCAGAGUCACGCGUGCAAUGGCGAUGCGCAAGAAGGGCGACUACGCGCCCCAGGAGCCAAGCCACAGAGAGCAGCACCACGCGAAGGGCAGCAGCGGCGAGUCACACGUGGGCGAUCGCAGCGACAACGCCACGCUAUUCGCGCGACAAUGGAGUGGCCGGUCCAGCGUCGCGUACAGGACGGCUCACCCGACCCACGUGACCACCGCUCGCACGGACCCUCCGGCUCCGCCGCCGCGGAGUGCUGCUGCUGUGGCUGCGGAGAACUGCGAGCAGCCCAAAACGACCUGGAAAACCACCACCACCAGGAGACGGACCACGACUAGGACAACGACAACGACGACCAAGAGGCCCAAGACGACGCCAAAGCCAACGACGACCACCCAGAGGACGACGACGUGCGCACCGACCACGGUGGCCGUGGUUGGCUGCGAGCGACCGCCACCGCCGCCCACAACGAUGCCGACCACGACGUCCACUACGACUCCGAAGCCCUAUCUGCACGGCCAUCCGUACGUGGUCAUAAAACUGCACGAAGUGAAAGGAACCCGUCGUGUGCCAGUCGAUGGCAUCUCGCCGCAGGUAUACCUGCGGCAGCUGCUAGCCAAUGGCACGAACCCACAGAGAAUGAAGCUGACAGGGAACAUGUCCUCGUGUAUGCCAGAAUAUCGCUUUUGGAUGCGCGGCGGCUCGUCGGAAGCGGCGGAUGACGGUGCGAGUGGCGGCGCAUCGGGCUCCCAACUCAAAGGCAGGAAGAAGCAGCGGCAGCAGCAUUCUCGUUCGCGACGUGUGCCGGCGUACGCGUCCGAGACGGCGGCGCUCAAGCGCGAGGUAGCCGGCAACCUGAUGCCCGUGCUACGCACCAUCCGGGCACUGGACGCCAUCGCCCAGAAAGCUCAGCUCGAAGUGCAGCAGCAGGAGGAGGAGGUCCAAGAACAGGAACCGGAGUCCAAGCCCCAGCUGCAGGAUUCCAUCGAACUGGUGGCACUCGACACGGCGGGGCAGAUCGACCAGCUCCUCAGGCGCCGGGACAAGUCGCAAGUGCUCAGGUCGCCGAAAAAGUGGACCGCCGAAUACGCGGACGAACUGAAUGAGAACCAGACCGAGGAGGGUGACCUCCACCAGUUCAGUAUCCUGCUUAAAAUGGCGCUCAACAAGCUGAGCUUCUCCCCUGACGCCAAGACCAGGACGACGACGGCCAAGCUCCGCAAGGCCGCCAUCUAUACAGAUACAGAAUGGCGGGUAUGACCAAGCUAGGCUGGUGGUUUAUCCUGACCUCAGGCGGGGCGUAGCCCGAAGAGAAGUGGGUUCCACACUUGUAGCUAGCACGUACACGUCACGGCCAUCGGAACUCGAUCGACUCCCUUGCAUUGUUCACCGUGUGAUACAGCUCAUCAGCGCAUUGUAGAUGACAAGCAUGUGUAUCUGUUGAAGUGCCAAAUAACGCUGUCACGCAACGACACUCUGUAUGUGGCCUGCGAUCGUUGAUCGCCGUGUUCUUAGCGACGCUGGCUGAAUCUAUACCGCUACAGCUUGAUAUUUUUGUUUUCGAUUGCCAUAUUAUCUUUAUAGUUUAUGUGUGAGCAAUAAUUUGUGUAAAUAAAUGUUAACGAAUGUCCGUUCAUAUUGGGUUCGAAAGCGUAGAACCUGCAAAUGUUGUUCCCCGGGUCCUCUG